GCCCGCCGGGGACCGCUGUGGCGCUCCCCGCCUCGCCCCACGCCUCUGGGUCAGCCGGAAGUAACGCUCCAGCCGCCUCUUUAUAGGUCUUUUCCCGGCAGCCUCUGCUCCCUUCACCCCGCCGGAGCCAACAUGGGUCGCGUGCGAACCAAGACCGUGAAGAAGGCGGCGCGGGUCAUUAUCGAGAAGUACUACACCCGCCUGGGCAAUGACUUCCACACCAACAAGCGUGUGUGCGAGGAGAUCGCCAUCAUUCCCAGCAAGAAACUCCGCAACAAGAUCGCGGGAUAUGUUACUCAUCUGAUGAAGCGGAUCCAACGAGGCCCUGUGAGAGGUAUCUCCAUCAAAUUGCAGGAAGAAGAAAGAGAAAGAAGGGAUAACUAUGUCCCUGAGGUCUCUGCUUUGGAUCAGGAGAUCAUUGAAGUGGACCCUGAUACCAAAGAAAUGUUGAAACUUCUGGACUUUGGCAGUUUGUCCAACCUGCAAGUUACCCAGCCCACAGUUGGGAUGAAUUUCAAAACACCAAGAGGAGCUGUUUAAUAUUUACUUUUGCCUUCUUUUCAAUAAACUUGGGAACCCCCAAA